CUAGAAUAUGUUUUGCGAAGUGAACACAUUUUGAUGGGCACGGAGAACAGUAGUGCCGCCGGCUGACCAACGCUAGAGGCUGGUCGCGCCGCUCUGUGUUGUUUUGGUUAGCUACGGCUAGCUUCAUGCUUUCUGAUUUAGCCGGUGGUUGCGGUGAUGGCUCUCCGUGAGGUGGGAGAGCGGGGCUGAUUUUUUCUGAUUAAACACUGAGUGAAGUGUCGCUGACAUGGCCGGGGUUUUCGAUAUCGAUUUGGAUCAACCGGAUGACAAUGUCUCUGAUGACGAACUUGAGGAUGGGGCUCAGCAUGGUGAAUACAUGGACCAGUGCAGCAGCUUUGAAUUUAACAUGGAUGGCUGUGAGAAGUUUGAAAUCUCCGAGAACAGCGUAAACAAGGGAACGGAGCAGAUUGGGCCGGAAUGCUUUGAAUUGCUGAAAGUUUUGGGGAAAGGAGGCUAUGGAAAGGUCUUUCAGGUGCGGAAGGUGACCGGUGCUGCCUCUGCGAAAAUAUUCGCUAUGAAAGUUUUGAAGAAGGCCAUGAUUGUACGUAAUGCAAAAGACACAGCACACACCAAAGCUGAGAGGAACAUUUUGGAGGAGGUCAAGCACCCAUUCAUUGUGGACCUCAUCUAUGCCUUCCAAACUGGAGGAAAGCUGUACCUGAUUCUAGAGUAUCUGAGUGGUGGAGAGCUCUUUAUGCAGCUAGAAAGAGAGGGAAUAUUCAUGGAGGACACAGCAUGUUUCUAUCUGGCGGAGAUCUCAAUGGCGUUGGGUCAUCUGCACCAGAAAGGAAUCAUCUAUAGAGACUUGAAGCCUGAGAACAUCAUGCUCAACAACAAUGGACAUGUGAAGCUGACAGACUUUGGGCUGUGCAAAGAGUCCAUCCACGACGGAACGUACACGCACACUUUCUGUGGAACCAUUGAAUACAUGGCUCCAGAGAUCCUCAUGAGGAGCGGACACAAUCGAGCUGUGGACUGGUGGAGUCUUGGAGCGCUCAUGUACGACAUGCUGACUGGAGCACCUCCAUUUACAGGUGAAAACAGAAAGAAGACAAUUGAUAAAAUCCUGAAAUGCAAACUCAGCCUUCCGCCGUACCUCACACAAGAAGCCAGGGACCUCCUGAAAAAGCUGCUGAGACGAAGUGCCUCAUCACGACUCGGAGGUGGAUCCAGUGACUCUGCUGAGGUCCAGGCCCACCCAUUCUUCCGGUUUAUAAACUGGGACGAUCUCCUCGCUCGCAAAGUAGAGCCUCCCUUCAAACCAUUUCUGCAAUCAGCUGACGAUGUCAGUCAGUUUGACUCCAAAUUCACCAGCCAGACUCCAGUAGACAGCCCCGACGACUCCACGCUCAGCGAAAGUGCUAAUCAAGUCUUCCUGGGUUUCACAUAUGUAGCCCCAUCUGUGCUUGAAAACCUUAAGGAGAAAUUCUCCUUCGAGCCAAAGGUCCGCUCUCCACGGAAGUUCCCUGGAAGCCCAAGGACACCUGUGAGUCCAGUGAAGUUUGCAAGAGGAGACUGCUGGCCCCGUGGACCCCCGCUGACAGACACCCCUCCCAUUCUCUCCCCUAGCAGCUCUAUAGACCAGCUCAUGGAGGUCUCCACUAUGGAGCAAAUGGACACAAGUAGCAGUAUCACCACAGAGACAUCCGCUCCUCUUCCUAUCAGGCAUCCCUCAGGCCUCCACGCGGGGCCCUACAAGAAGCAGGCGUAUCCCAUGAACUCCAGGCGACCCGAGCACCUGCGUAUGAACCUAUGACCCUCGGCUUACCGAUGAACUUCUCUCCUCUUAGUUUAUUUUAGAGAAUUUCUGAAAUCUUGAUGGAUCAUGUUGACGCUGAUCACCAGCUCUUCCUGCAGUGCCGCCUUCUUUGGUCUCCAAAGUCUACUCAGCCUGGCCUCCUCAGAAGCUCGGCUGUUGGCUGGGGUGGUCUUGGUUGAACUUAGCUGGCAUUAUGAUUUUACUGGUGCUCUUUUAUCUCCAGAUCUGCGCUGGUUUUCCUACUGUGUUUAGGAGUUAUUUUCUAGGCCAGAAAGAGUUUUUCUCCUUUAAUAUGCCUUUUCAAGGCUAUCCUGUGAUUAAAAUUGAGCUUUUACCUCAGAUUUGUAUUUGGCAGACUUAUCAGAUGGACACACUUUCAUAUUCCAUUUGUGUUUGGGUCAGAGUCAGUAGGUGGAGCGCUCCUAACGGUAAAAUCAUCUAAAUAAAGACAGAAUUUCCAUCACAGUCAUGACCAAAUGCUAGCACUGCUUCUGCUGUGGGACGUCUCUCCAGAAGCGCUGCUCAACAGCUGUGUUUUGAAUGUAAACAGUCCAAAAGCCUUUUUAUGUGUCUCCUUAAUCUCCUGCUCGGUUUUCCCCUCAUCACUCCUGCUCUCAGUGGUGCUGGAGACCAGCAUGUAUGAUGACCCCAGAACCUCUAAUCCCAUGUGUUGUCCAGGCUGCAUUCAUGUCUUCAGUAGAUUUUGCAGACUGUUGACUUACAAGCUGUCAAAUGAACACCCCCCCUCCACCCCCAUUAUAAAAUUGACCACAUGGUUGGAGGCAGAUUCCCAUCUGUUGCAGUCCAAAUACUUGGGAAUUUCAAAAUGGGUCAAAUGCACUGUUUCAAUUACCCUGCUGUGUUGAUUCUGGGAACAUUGGAAAACAAGUCCAAAGUCACUGAGUUAUUAAUGUUGUUUAUCCAUAUUUUCUAUAUAUUUUUAUGAUACUGCCACUGUUUAUUUUUUUUUUAUUUUUUAUGAUUUGAUGGGUUUUUUUUAAGCAGUAAUAACAGAUCAUUGUUGGACUGAACAGACUUUUUCCUUUCUAUGAUUCCUGUACUCCAGCUAUAUCUCAGAUCAAUCACUCCUCUUUGUUUCUUUUUGUUAAUUUAUUUGAAGUGCCAUUUUGCUUCCACUGCAUUGUGCACUCUAUGCAAAAUGAUGUAUUUAUAAUGUAGUUUUAAGAGCUACAGAAUGUUUGCUCUUUUCUCAUAGCAACGAUGUACAGUGUAAUUGUUUUUUUCCACUUAACACCUCCUCCAACUUCUGAUGGAGCCUAUUUGAAAUUGGCUUAAAUGUUCUAAGUAUUUAUUUUGUGCCACGUUAUCACACUCAUAGGGGAUAUUUAAGACGUUUUUUUUUUCAAUGCUAGAAACAAAGACUUUAUUACAAAGGAAAAAAGAACAAUGGGAGUGGCAUUGUGCCGUUUAAGUUACGGUGUUUAUGAUGUAUGUACAAUUGGGAAUAGUUUCUGGAAUGAGCUGGAAUAGAUCCAACAUUCACUGUCGUCUAACAGAUGUGCACUCUUUUGCUUUUCAACAUUAUUGUGAUAUGUUCUGGUCGGGAUCACCUGUUUGACAUCCCGGAGACCCCGAGAGUGGAUAAAUUAAAGCUGGUGGUUUUCCACUGUUCAGAUCUGCUCAAGAAGCAUUUUCUACAUGGUGGUAUUCCAGAAGAAAACAUCUCAUCGAGCAAUUUCAGGAAGGAGAAAUUCGAUCACUGGCACUGAACAUUAUUUCUUGUUGCAUUCCCCUUUUAAAGGGGCAAAUCUGGGAAUGAAAAUAUGUAUCAUGUACAUAAUGGAAUCCAAAUAAACAAUUGUUUGUAAACCUUC